AAAGAUUUAGAGGGUCAUGGGGCAGCCGGCCUCACCGGAAACCGUCUGGGGGCCUCAUCGCCCAGCCUGACCCAGCACCUGGGCUGCUAUCCCUCCCCUCACAGCCCCCCGGGGCCCACUGUGUAGAUGUCCCCUGCUCCCUUCCCGGGGCCUCUUGACUCUGAAGAAAGGGCUCGUGAGAAGGGAAGUGAAACCUGUGGUUCCACACGCCUAGGAGCCCCUCAACUGUCUUUCCUGUGACAGACUCUGAGUCCGGCAGCCUUUGGUCAGCUUAGCUCAGCCCUCUGUCUGAUCAAUGACCCCAGGUUUCUUUGAACGGUGGCACCUUGGCCUUUUUCUCAGAAUAGCUGCCAAAGUGGAAUGGAAUGGAAAGAAGACUGUGGAAUGGGAAGUGGAUUGGACGAACAGGAGGCCUGGCUCCAAGGGCGCCCUGCCCAGCUAGCCAUGGGACUCUGAGCUCCUCCCCGCGCCUCUCUGGAGUCCAGGGAGGAAGUCCCAGAGGGCACCGAUGCCAGGCCGGACAUUACACCUGCCCCCCUACCCACGCCCCCCGCCGCCGAAUCAUGACUCUUCUGCUGUCUUGGGUGUCAGGUUUUCUACUGGAGGUUGGGGUCAGAGCUGGGGGAAAGAGCAGGCCAGGCCCCUGGAGGAAGGCAAGGCUGGAAUCUCACAGGUUCCGAGGCUUCAUCCUGCUGCUCACGUUCUUCAUCUACACCUGUUACCACAUGUCCAGGAAGCCCAUCAGCGUUAUCAAGAGCCGUCUGCACCAGAACUGCUCGGAGCUGGUCAAGCCCGUCAAUGACAGCCACAGUCUCAAUGACACGACGUGGUGUGACUGGGCUCCAUUUGAUAAGAACAACUACAAGGAGUUACUGGGGGCCGUGGACAAUGCCUUCCUUGUGGCCUAUGCCAUCGGCAUGUUCAUCAGUGGGAUUUUUGGGGAGCGGCUCCCCCUCCGUUACUACCUUUCAGCUGGAAUGCUGCUCAGUGGCCUUUUCACCUCGCUCUUUGGCCUGGGAUAUUUCUGGAAGAUCCACAUGCUCUGGUACUUUGUGCUCAUCCAGAUCUGCAAUGGACUUGCCCAGACCACAGGCUGGCCCUCUGUGGUUACCUGCGUUGGCAACUGGUUCGGGAAGGGAAAGCGGGGCCUCAUCAUGGGCAUCUGGAACUCACACACAUCCGUGGGCAACAUCCUGGGCUCCCUGAUCGCUGGUGUCUGGGUGAAUGAGCAGUGGGGCCUGUCGUUUGUGGUGCCUGGCGUCAUCACAGCCGCCAUGGGUGUCAUCACCUUCUUCUUUCUCAUCGAAUACCCAGAAGAUGUGGACUGCACGGCUCCCCAGCACCACACGAGUGAUGGGCUGGAACAGAACCAGGACUACGCUGAGGACCUUGGCAACGAUCCCUGCACUAACAAGGAGAGCAGCCUGGAGAGCGCGGCCAGGUGCUCCAGGGAGCCAAGCGUGCAGCCCGCUGCCAUCAGCUUCCUGGGGGCGCUCCGGAUCCCGGGUGUGGUCGAGUUCUCCUUGUGUCUGCUCUUUGCCAAGCUGGUCAGCUACACCUUCCUCUACUGGCUGCCCCUCUACAUCUUCAACGUGGCUCACUUCAGUGCCAAACAGGCUGGGGACCUGUCUACCCUCUUCGAUGUUGGUGGCAUCAUGGGCGGCAUCAUGGCGGGGCUCAUCUCCGACUACACCAAUGGCAGGGCCACCACCUGCUGCAUCAUGCUGAUCCUGGCCGCCCCCAUGAUGUUCCUGUAUAACUACAUUGGUCAGAACGGGAUUACCAACUCCAUAGUAAUGCUGAUCAUCUGUGGGGCCCUGGUCAACGGCCCUUACGCGCUCAUCACCACUGCGGUCUCUGCUGACCUGGGAACUCAUCAGAGCCUGAAGGGCAAUGCAAAGGCGCUCUCCACGGUCACGGCCAUCAUCGACGGCACAGGGUCCAUAGGUGCGGCCCUGGGGCCUCUGCUGGCCGGGCUGAUUUCCCCCACGGGCUGGAACAAUGUCUUCUACAUGCUCAUCUCCGCCGACAUUCUGGCCUGCUUGCUCCUCUGCCGGUUGGUGUACAAAGAGAUCGUAGCCUGGAAGUCAUCCCUGAGCAGAGACAGAAGGUAUAAAGAGAUAUGAAACCCUGUUUGGAAGAGAAGCACGGAGGGUCCCAGCUGAUUCCAAAGUGCUCCCCCGACCCCCGCACGGGGGGCAACACAAUGGAACCUGCCACAGAGGGGCUGACAGGACCGCUGGGGGGCUGGGAGGUUCUCCAUGGGAAGGGACUGCCAACAUGAGGAAUGCAGGACUCAUGGCCCUGAGCUCUGGAAGCUGCAAGCAGAAGUGGGAAUCAGAGCUGAGUGGUGUCUCCAGCUCAGUAAGGGAAGGACAUGCUCAGACUCUUGCUUGUUCAGAUUCCAAGACAGAAGGCAGGGGCUUGAUAUGGGCCAAGACCCGGCAAUGAUGUGUCUCUCCUUCCCAUGUGGAAUUUGCACCUCAGUGAUCAGCCUGUACCUAUCGGUGCAUUUCUGACCCUAUUUCUGAGCCGCCCAGCCUCACUUCCUUCCUUUGCCCAUGAGCCAGUUUUCUCGUGUAUUUCCCAUGUUGGAACCUCCUCUACCCUGCACUGGAUCCUCUUUCUGACUCCUGACCCGAGUCAAUUAAAGUGUUAUCACUGUAUCCUCCAGGGCCAGGACCAGGGAGAGGCAAGGGAGGUGCCUACGGGAUGAAUGUUACGUUAGGGAGGCAUCACUCUUGGGCCUGGGGCUGGGAUGCCCCGGAGCGCGAGGGCCUCCCUGGCCCCAGUCUCAUCCCAGCCUUCUGUGUCCCCAGGACAGUGCCGGGAGCGGGGCAGGCCUGACUAAAACCACACGUGCCAGUGAUGACCGAGCUCUCACUGCACGCUAGCCCUCCUCUGGGAACGGGGUAGAUAGUGGGCACGGAGGAAGGACUUAGCCCUGAGCACAGGCCCCGGGGUGAUGAGCCUAGCGAGAAGAAAGGCCACUUGGCUCCUGCAGGCCCGAGUUCCGUGGUCAGUGGCCCGGAGCUCUCUGCGGCCUGCCUCUUCUGCCCCGUGUUCCUGCCGUCCUUCUCCUGGCCUCCCCGGAUCCCAGAGUGUGGCAUGCCAGGCUAGCUCUUGGCACUUCUCUCUGAGCUCUGAAGCUGCCCGUCAGCACAAUACAGAUGCUUCCAGCCA